CCGCAGCGAACUGGUGGGCAGACCCGGAGUCGCCGCGUAAGCGGGGCCGGCUCAGUGCGGUGCGGCAGGCGCGGCUGUGCGGCAGCGGAAGUCCUUUGUUGCAGCACAGUCCCUGGCAGAGCCAGAGCCUCUCCGCGCAGCCCAGCCCGAGCGCCGCGCGCUGCCGCCACUGCAGCUCUCGGCCCCUCUGCCUCCGCCCGCCUUUCCCGUAGCCGAUUUGCCUUAAACUCCCUAAAAUCUCCGCAGCCCCUGUUCCUGCUGCGGCCGGUCUCUAAUUAAUAGAAGAUGGCAAAGCCCAGCCACAGCAGCUACGUCCUUCAGCAGCUCAACAACCAAAGGGAAUGGGGUUUCCUCUGUGACUGUUGUAUUGCAAUUGAUGACAUUUACUUUCAAGCACACAAAGCAGUUCUAGCUGCCUGUAGCUCCUACUUUAGAAUGUUUUUCAUGAAUCAUCAGCAUAGUACUGCACAGCUGAAUCUCAGCAACAUGAAAAUUAGUGCCGAGUGUUUUGAUCUCAUUUUGCAGUUUAUGUAUUUAGGAAAAAUUAUGACAGCUCCUUCCAGUUUUGAGCAGUUUAAAGUGGCAAUGAACUACCUACAGCUGUACAAUGUUCCUGACUGUUUAGAAGACAUACAGGAUGCAGAUUGUUCUAGUUCAAAAUGUUCAUCUUCUGCUUCUAGCAACCAGAACAGCAAAAUGAUAUUUGGGGUAAGAAUGUAUGAAGACACUGUGGCUAGAAAUGGCAGUGAAGCCAAUAGAUGGUGUGCAGAGCCAAGUUCAACAGUAAAUACACCACAUAAUAGAGAGCCUGAUGAAGAGUCUUUGCAAUUAGGUAAUUUUCCUGAACCAUUAUUUGAUGUAUGUAAAAAGAGUUCUGUGUCCAAAUUAUCUACUCCGAAAGAACGUGUCUCACGACGCUUUGGACGGAGUUUUACCUGUGAUAGUUGCGGAUUUGGCUUUAGCUGUGAGAAAUUACUAGAUGAGCAUGUGCUAACCUGUACUAACCGACAUUCAUACCAAAAUACAAGAUCCUACCACAGAAUAGUGGAUAUCAGAGAUGGAAAAGACAGUAAUAUCAAAGCUGAAUUUGUUGAAAAGGAUUCUUCUAAAACAUUUUCUGCACAGAUGGACAAAUACAGAGGAGACACAAGCCAGGCUGCUGACGACUCAACUUCAACCACUGGAAGCAGAAAAAGUAGCACAGUGGAGUCUGAACUAGCCAGUGAGGAAAAAAGCAGAGCUGCUGAGAGGAAAAGAAUCAUUAUCAAGAUGGAACCAGAAGAUAUCCCUACAGAUGAACUGAAAGACUUUAACAUUAUUAAAGUUACUGAUAAAGACUGUAAUGAGUCCACUGACAAUGAUGAAUUAGAAGAUGAACCUGAAGAGCCGUUUUAUAGAUACUAUGUUGAAGAAGAUGUCAGUAUUAAAAAAAGUGGGAGGAAAGCUCUAAAACCUCGGAUGUCAAUAAACACUGAUGAGAGAGGUGGUUUAGAAAAUAUGAGGCCCCCUAACAACAGCAGUCCAGUACAAGAGGAUACUGAAAACGCAUCCUGUGAGUUGUGUGGACUCACGAUAACUGAGGAGGACCUGUCAUCUCAUUACUUAGCCAAACACAUCGAAAAUAUCUGUGCAUGUGGCAAAUGUGGACAAAUACUUGUGAAGGGUAGACAGCUUCAGGAACAUGCCCAGAGAUGUGGAGAGCCCCAAGACCUGACAAUGAACGGGUUAGGAAGUACUGAGGAGAAAAUGGACAUGGAAGAGAAUCCUGACGAACAGUCUGAAAUCAGAGAUAUGUUUGUUGAAAUGUUGGAUGAUUUUAGGGACAAUCAUUUCCAGAUAAACAAUAUCCAAAAAAAGCAGUUAUUUAAACAUUCUGCCUGUCCUUUUCGAUGUGUUAGUUGUGGCCAGCGUUUUGAAACUGAAAAUCUAGUGGUUGAACAUAUGUCUAGCUGCCUAGACCAAGACAUGUUCAAGAGUGCCAUCAUGGAAGAGAAUGAAAGGGAUCACAGACGAAAGCAUUUUUGUAAUCUGUGUGGGAAAGGAUUUUAUCAGCGGUGUCACUUAAGAGAACACUAUACUGUUCACACCAAGGAAAAACAGUUUGUUUGUCAGACAUGUGGAAAGCAGUUUUUAAGGGAACGUCAGUUGCGACUCCACAAUGAUAUGCACAAAGGCAUGGCCAGGUAUGUCUGUUCCAUUUGUGAUCAAGGCAACUUCAGAAAACAUGACCAUGUACGGCAUAUGAUUUCUCAUUUAUCUGCUGGUGAGACUAUAUGCCAGGUCUGCUUUCAGAUAUUCCCAAAUAAUGAACAGUUGGAACAGCACAUGGAUGUUCACCUGUAUACAUGUGGAAUAUGUGGAGCAAAAUUUAAUUUGAGGAAAGAUAUGAGAUCACAUUAUAAUGCCAAGCAUUUGAAAAGAACAUAAGUGAUUUUCUACUGUAUAAUGUUUAGCUGAUAGGAGACAAAACACCAAAGCAAAGGAUAUGAGCUAUUUAGAAAAUGAAUUUAUAAGAUGAAUUGUUGAAAAAAAUUUUAAGGCCCUUUACCUUUAAUAUUUUUGUUUAGGAUCUUAAGUAUCUACAUUUUAGGUGUUAUUAAAUGUUUAUCAUUUUUGUUAUUUUUAAUAGAAUUCUUUGUUUAUAGUUUGUUUUAGCUAUGAUUAAAAUUACUUUUAAAUGUAGACUACAAGUGGUUGUUACCCCUUCAGUGACUAUUAAAGUUUAGUUUUUUAUCAAUAAGGUGAUGACUUCACUAUUUUUAUGUGUUUUUUUUUUUUUUCUAAGGUUACCCUGUGAAAUUUUAAACCCAACAUCAUUGGCCAUUCCUGUUUAAA